AUGACGCAAAUCGGCAUCUUCCCCGCUUCAGGUGCUCUCGGCACAAGCACAUACACUCAUCUCUUGUCUCAAGUUCCCAACGACAAAGUCACCCUCAUCAACCGCUAUCCCGAAAAAGUACCCAAGAAGUACACCGAGAAGGGAACGACUGUUCGUCAAGCUUCAUACGAGUCUAGCGCAGAAGAUCUUCAAACCGUCUUUUCCGGCAUCGAUGUACUCUUCCUCAUCUCGUAUCCCAGCCAUGUCCACCAAUACAGAACAAAAGUACACACCAAAGCCAUCGACGCGGCUGUCAAAGCUGGAGCCAAGCACAUAUUUUACUCGUCUUUGGGAUUUGCGUCAAUUGGAGAGGAAACUACUAAGGCGGAAGUCAUGGGGGCGCAUCUUGAUAGUGAGAAGCACCUGAAGGAACUUGCGCAGAAGGAUAAUGGGUUUACGUUUACGAGUGUUCGUGAAGGUCUUUACAGCGAGUCCUUCCCUAUCUACACUUCCUUUCUCGACUUGAAGAAUCCGCCUUCCAAGGUUCUUAUUCCUCAUGAUGGAAGUGGACCGGGUGUUAGUUGGGUCAAGAGAGAUGAAUUAGGAGAAGGAACUGCGCGAUUAAUCGCUUCAUACGUGGAAUCUCCCUCAUCAUUUGGGUAUAUUAACAAGAUUGUCACCUUGACAGGAACAAAAUCGUUUACCUUGGCCGAGACGAUUGAGAUUCUUUCGCGCGCUGCAGGCAAGGACUUUGGGAUUGAAGAGAUCAGUGUUGAGGAGUAUAUCAAUCUGCCUCAGAUCAAGGAAUAUUUUGGAACAGAGGAAAAGGCGACGACGUGGGCUACUGCUUGGGAAGCGAUUCGGGCUGGAGAGACGGCUGGAGUGACGACGACGUUGAAGGAGCUUUUGGGAAGAGAACCUGAGGCUUUUGAAAAGACUAUUGAGGAGUUUGUCAAGAACUAG